ACUGUCGUAUUCUCAAUGACUAGGUAAGGCUCCAUCUGAAAUGAUCUAUGUAGGAACUGCUAUCUGACUUUUCGGGUACUCUGAUGGAACACAAGAAUGUUUCCACCAUAUGAGCGCAUCAAACAUCGUUGCUGUCAUUGGGCUCAUCUUUUCAAUGUGCACCACAAACAUUGCUGCUCGAUACUUGUCUCUCCGUCGACGGGUUCCUCAUGCCGCAGACCUUUGGGGAAAGUAUGAUGCUGCUCGCAUAGAUCAGUACCUCGUGCUCUCGACCGCCAUCAAAGAGUGCAGUGUUUUUCGCUCAUCACUUUACUCCAGCAAUUUGGCAGCAUUGCGGGUACGCCUGGCCAUUCAUUUAGGGCCCUACCUAUCGGUGCUCGUAUGCCAUUUGCCUCGCUGCCAAUUGUAGUAUCUGGAUUCUGAAGACAUUGAACAAGAAGCUGGAGGAAGAAGAGCAGGAGAAAGGGAUCAAAGCGAAGGGAUUCCGGUACCUUCUGGCUACGUAGUGAUAUUAAUUUAUUAACCG